AUGAGCGAUCCCCCGUGUAAGAGUGAGGUGGAGGAGGACAUACCAGGAGAUGUCAUCACAGAAAAUCCCAGCAAGAAUUCUAUGGGGAAUUUCAUGGUAUUACCGGAUUAUAAAGCAGAAGCUGAAGAUAUCAUGCAGCAUCCUUCAGGAGAAAGCUUGAAUGUGCUUCUAGGACUUCAUAGUACAGAUCUCUCGUAUAAUGACCCUAAUCAUGAGGAACCUUCUCCUAGCCAGUCACAAAUGGUUACUACAAGUACAGGUCAGAAAGGGCUUCAGCGUAGGAAACGGUUCCGAAAAAGCUCAGGUCUUUCUACAGACAGAAGAAUUCACACAGGAGAGAAAUCAUUUUCAUGUCCAGAAUGUGGGAAAUGUUUUACACAGAAAUCAAGUCUUGGUAGACAUAAGAAAAUUCACACAGGAGAGAAGCCAUAUUCCUGUUCAGAAUGUGGGGAAUGUUUUAUAGUUAAAUCACGUCUUAGUAUACAUAAGAGAAUUCACACGGCAGCAAAACCAUAUUCAUGUUCAGAAUGUGGGAAAAGUUUUAGAGAUAAAUCAUAUCUUAGUGUACAUGAGAGAGUUCACACCGGAGCAAAACCAUAUUCAUGUUCAGAAUGUGGGAAAUGUUUUACACAGAAAUCAAAUCUACUUAAGCAUCAUAGACUUCACAUGGAAGCAAAACCAUUUUCAAAUGUUUUGACAUAACAGGUUAUGACCUGAUCUUAAAUAGAUAAUGAGAGAGUUUAUUUUUUGGUUGGAGUUAUCCUGGCUCUCCCAGAUGACUAAAUUCUAUUUUUCUGAGGUCAACUGUGACGAGAUCCAUGGAGGAAAAGUAGUGUGGAUAUAAGGAAGAGAAGAAGAGCCUUGUUUACUUCCAGAGCAGUGAAGAUGAACUGUCCCCAUGAACGUUGCUUCUUUUCACUAUAUUCACACCUCCACCCACAUUGCGGGAGAGUCCAGAGUGACAUGGGGAGAAGUAACGACGCUGUCACAACCAGACAGCUGAGAAGCUCUGACAGAGGCCUUUCAG